AUGAAAUUCUCUACUGUUGCCACUGUUUUUGCUAUUUCUACAUUAGCUGCCGCUAAAGGUGGUGAUAAAGAUCACAACAAACCUUCCACUAUCACUGAAUAUGUCACUGAAACUACUCACAAGUAUGGUCGUUUCGACAAAACCAAAAGACCAGAAGAGCCAAAAGAAACUGGUACCCAUAAAUACGGUAAAUUCAACAAAACUCCACGUCCAGUUACCAAAACUGUCUUGGUCCAAGAUGGUGACAUUCCAAAGAAAAGAGAAGCCGUUGUUGCCAGAGAUUCUAAGAACUCUUCUUCCAACUCCACUACCUCUAGUGGUAACAAUGGUGUCAGCACUGGUGUCAGCUUGGGUCUUGCUGGUGUUUUAGCUGUUGGUGCUGCUUUGGUCAUCUAA